GGCUGCUGGCGGCAGGGGAGCGAAAAAAAAGGGCGCCUGCUGGCGCCGCUCCGUCGUCUGCUCCUCGCUCGCAGACUGCACAGACCGGUCGUGCGGUCGGACUUCGGAGGCCGUCGGGUUUUCCGGGUGCUGUGGCCGCGGAAAUCGCCCUACUUUUUCGGCGUUCCGGGACGUCAGUUGUCGCUGCAAACUGCUCCGAGACGCGCGGCAAUGUUUCUUCGUGCGCGGUGCCGUGAACGGUGAAACGACAACGACGACGACAACUCGUGCUGUUGGUGGAUAAGGGAGCGCGGGGCAACUGCUUGCUGAGCCUGUCGUCUGCUCCUCGUGCUGCGGGCUGUCUCCCCAGGAAUCCAAGAUGGCAGCGCCCGGUGUUGUGAGCGUAGCGACGGCGGCAACCAGUUUCGUCAGGGCUGUCUGCUGUUUCUGGAUCUGCGGCUUGAUCCUGUGCGUCGUCCUUGUGGAAGGGAAGCAGAUCACGUGCGCGUGCAGCACGGAGCACUGCCUGGCGCAGAACACGACCCGCUGCAACACCACGUCCAUGUGCUACACCCAGUACCUCCAGACGUCGGACGGGUCGGACCCGCGCAAGCAGGGCUGCAUCAAUAGCAAGACGCCGCUGCUCUGCGAGAACCGCAGGCCCGCUGUCCACUCGGCCGCCCGUUGGCCGCAUCUGGUCUGCUGCAGCCAGAACCUGUGCAACCUGAACGUGCUGCUCGCGCCGCCGGUCAGCCAGCCAGAUCUGCAGCCUGGGAUGCCUGGCCUCACCCCCAGCAAUAACAGCGGCCUGUCCUCGGGCGAGCCCACGACGACGGCGCCACCGCCCUCGCAGAGGCUCUUGAGUCCCGUGUUCCUGGCGGUGCUUGCCGUCGGAGUGGGCAGCCUGGCCGUGGUCGCCCUUGCCGUGCUCGCCGUUCUGCGACGCCACGCGGGGCUCCUGGGCACGCGCUACGUCAACAGGAGCUCCUACCUCAAGGGACGCCGACAGACGACCAACGACGAUCCCACGGCGCUGUCGCUGCCACUUCCGAACGGAGGCACCUACGACAACAAACUUGCCGUCGUGUCCUAGCCGUGUGGUCGACCACGUCUUCAGAACGUUGCUCUUGUCGAUCUCCCAAUGUGGAAGCGGUGCCUUUGUACAGUUCCGGAACUUUGAUCUCCUUGGCGAACCCGGGAUAUCUACCUCCUCGACAUUCCUACUAAUGCCCCAGGCAGCUCAGAAGUCGUCCGCGAACACCGAUCUUCUGAGCACCCGAGGGAAUCGGAUCUUCGUCAGUUCUGGACCUUGUGGACACUUGUGGGGUCGGUUCUGAAACAUCGAUUUCAAUAACGGCGCGUGACAACGAUCCGAGGGCUUUGAUCUUCUGGAUCAUGAUGAAGACGUCCGAGAGACCAAACGUCACGACUGAGACUUGUACUCGAAGGUUCAUGCACUGGUCAUGAGAUCCCGCACCUGAGAAUGUUCAUUCGGGAUCGCGUGUGAAAUUGUGAGUGGAACAUUGUUGUGCUCGAGCUAUUGGGACUCAUCCAUGUUCCAAGUUGUUCGCUCAACGCUGUUUGUGAAUGAUGUGACCUCUGGUGGUGCUAAGAAUGAUGUCUGUUGGGAACUUGGCGUGAAACAGGGGGCCACCUAUUUCUGGUUCUAUUUACGCGCGGAAUGCAGCAAGGCCUUUAAGUUGCCUCUGUUGCGUGUACGAAUGUAUUAGCGAAGCCGGAAAAAAUUAACGUAGGUAGUCGACGACCUUACGAUGUUCCGCUUUCUACAAAUUAGAAGGAAUUGUACUUGCACCGCUGUGAUAAUUGCCUUUCCACGUUCUUGGGCGAUGUGCCUUUGGUUUCAGCUAUACUCAUCCAACUACACAAUUCCUUGGGCAAGAAGGUCGACCCAAGAUUCCUGGGCAAAUUCUUCUCCGCUUUACCGCCAGUAGUGCCAAUGACUGUCUUCUUUAAUAUUUUCUUCACCACUGGCGUGCCCUAAAUUGUAGAUGCUCUAUACAGUUUGCAAUACACGAACCAAGCUUUAGUACACAAAGCGAGAGAGAAAAAGAAAUGGUCCUCCCGCUUAUUUAGCCUGAUAUUUGGCACUGAUCUAUCAAAAGAUAGCCCAAUAAUUUCUUCAGCGUAUAUACUUAGCUACCUGGCUGCUGCGUUAUACACCAUUCCAAAAGUGCCUUCCUGGCGUUGCCAUUGCCACGUGAUUAAAAACAAAACACAAAAAAAUAAGGCUUCAGCUGCUGUAUAAUGCACCUUGCAGCGUCACGUGUUAUGACCUGUUCGGUGGAUGACCUUAUGCCACAGACAAACGGGCAGCUAACAUUCCCAGUUGACAGAAUACACGCACGUGCCAACGGAUGCCUUUUUUUCACACUGCCUUUACGUUCUUGCUCGUGUGCGCAAGGAACGAUUGAAAUGGUCACGAUGAACAUUUCGUUUCAAGCUUUCCGCGAAACGUCUAUAGACGAUUGUAAGCUGGGCGACUAGCCACCGCCAUAUCUCCGCUUGAGCAGGCACGCCCGUGCGAUUACAAGCUUGCCAGAGCUACGUUCACGUGCUUGAAGGCAUAGGGCAGCGGCCUCGAUUUUGUUUUCUGCGCUGCCGACGGUGUGAGGCUUCAAAGCUAGCGGCUGAGCGAGGAUGGGUAGGGCAUAUAGAGAAGAGGCAGAUUACGGCAGUGGUACCUCUUGAACCACGAAGUGUCACUGAUGAAAGCUACGACGUCACGCUGUAGAUGACACCACGCAGCGUUUGCUAGAGCUACGUCAUUUGGGAUGCAGUCAGUCCAGCUUCAUAUUGUGCCUCCCUGUUUUUGACUUUUUCAAUGGUGAGGCUGUGAAAUUGAGGGCAACACAUCGUUUCCUUGUUGUCUUUACGAAUUGGUUCCAUGGUACCAUUGACGGUCCAGUGUCCACCGAGAACGAGUUUACCAGGGGCUCUAGGUUGAACGCUCGGUGAAAAAGUCGGCGAGAUCGCCGAACACCGCGGUUGACCGUCGCCGCGCUGGACCUUGGCGCUGUCCAAUCACGGCGUUGGCGAUUUGACCGACUUCCUCGGCCAUUGUCCAGCUCAGAGUCCCAGGACACACGAGGGGCCGUACGUUCCACAGAAUGUCAGACGUCGGCAGCGCAAAACGUGGGUACUCUGAAGCCUGCACUUUGUGUUCAAAUACUUAUUCCCCUUUGUCCUUUGCGGCCUGUACUUCAACAAGACGAGCCACAAAAGAUCUGCCGUUAUUUAUAUAAAGAAGGAGGCUCGAAUAUUCACGGCGCGCACGCUUCGUUUGUUGUUGUUGUUUGUUGGUUUGUUGCUUGUUGUUGUUCUUUCGUAGAAUCUCGUGUAUUUAAAGGAUGCGAAUAGUUUGGAAGGUAAGAAUCAACCGCGGAACCUCACUGCCUCCUCUCGGUGUUCGCUUUGACUGAAUCCGUCUCUGCGGGAUUGACACUGAGCAGCUUGUCUUCUGUGUAUCGCUGUAGAUUUGUUCUGUCAUGAGACCCCGCGAGCGACAACAAAUCGAAAUGUGCGCCCAUGUGUGUGUGUAUUGGCGCGUUACAUCGGCGAUGUUCUCGUGUGUGAGUUGUGUUGUCCUAAUUUAUUUAUAGGUAUGCGCACCUCGUUUGCUCUUCUCUCGAGGCGCCACCCAGAGAGUUUCGGGAGAGAAAGAGGAGCAUUCGAUUAUCUAUUCUAUCACAUUCUACUAUAUUAUGUAUUAUUAUUAUUAUUAUGGCGGGUGUACAUAGGGAAGAAUAAACAAAUACGCAUACGAGCGUCUGUACAAAACCUGCGACGAUAUUGAGUAAAAGAUCUGGUUAUAUACAAA